AUGACCAAGUGCUUCUAUGAUUUCUACCACAUAGCCAAGUGCUUCUCUGAUUGGCUGACUCACAUCUACCACAUGGCCAAGUGCUUCUCUGAUUGGCUGACUCACAUCUACCACAUGGCCAAGUGCUUCUCUGAUUGGCUGACUCACAUCUACCACAUGGCCAAGUGCUUCUCCGAUUGGCUGACUCAUAUCUACCACAUAGCCAAGUGCUUCUCCGAUUGGCUGACUCACAUCUACCACAUGGCCAAGUGCUUCUCUGAUUGGCUGGCAGUGCUACAGUUUCCAGCAGCGCUGCUCCUUGUGCUCUGUGUCGGCCUCGCGCACGCAUCAGGUUUGAAUCCAGGUCACUGGUCUGAACCGCAGCCUGUACCUGUCUGUGUCCCUCCAGCACGCAGGGGGGGCGAGGGCCGGUCCAAGAGGGCGGUUGGGGGCCGCGUGGCCCUGAAUGUCCCCUGGCAGGCUCUGGUGCACUUCGGGGACAGUGUGCUGGACGGAGGGAUCGGAGGCGGGGCGCUGGUGUCUGACCGCUGGGUCCUGACCAGCGGUAGGAACGUGUUUCAGAAGAAGCCUCGCCAGCCAGCCCCAAAGCGGCUCCCCGACUUCCCCAAGGUCUACCUGGGAGUCAAGAACCGCAACCCUGUGGACCCGGCCAGCGAGGUGGAAGUGGAGAAGGUGGUCCUGCACCCAGACUUCCAGAACAUCUCCACCUGGGAGAACAACCUGGCCCUGAUCAAACUGAAGAAGCCCGUGGUGUUCAGCAGCAAGAUCCUGCCCAUCCCGCUGCCCAGGUGCGGGCAGAACCUGGAGGAGACGGUGGGCACGCUGGGCGUGUUGGCAGGCUGGGGCUGGAGCCACGUCUACCAAUUCGCCGACCACCUGAAGUUCCUGACCGUGCCUGUGGUGAGCCAGGAGCUGUGCCAGCGCGAGUACAAACACGGGGGCGAGGUGGACGGCGAUGAGCCCCUGGUCGACGACCGCACGUUCUGCACCGGCGCCACCGCGUUCUCCGAGAACGUGUGCGUCGGGGACGAGGGCGGAGCCCUGGCGGUGCUGGACCCCAAGGACGGCAGGGUGUACGCAGCCGGCCUGCUCUCCUACGACAAGAACUGCGCGACGGAGAAGUACGGCGUCUAUGCCAAACUGUCGGCCUACAUGCCCUGGAUCGACAGCGUGAUGAGGGGAGACUCGGAGCUGUACGACGCCCAGCGGGCCUUGGAGGUCCGCAAAAUGCUGGCAAAUCUGAAGGAAGACUGACGCCAUAACUACGCGAUAACUAGCCGUUGAAAAGCGCGAGAUAACUGGUGUUCGAGAACGUGAAUUUCGAAGGCGUACAUUUUCAAUGCACUGAACACAAAAAUAUUACAUGAAAGAUAUGCCAACAAUAUAUAAAAAAAUAUGUGUGCGAUGUUUGAAAUUCUGGAUUUUUCAUGCUCUAAUAAAAUGUGAAAUCAACA